UUUUUUUUUUUUGUUGUUCGGGGUCGGGGGUUUUCCAAAUUGCAAACCCUUUUUAAUUCUAGUCCCUCCCGGAUCCCCUAUUAGCAUUUCCCCAAUUUCCCAGCCCUAAUUUCGCCGCUUCAAUUGGGGCAAGAAAAAUGGAGCACCCGUUUUUCCCGACCACCACCACCCGCGCGGAGGCGCUACGGUGGCUGACCAUCGCCGAGAAGCUGCUCUCCACGCGCGACCUCAUGGGGAGCAAGUCCUUCGCCACACGGGCCCGCGACGCCGACCCCACACUCUCUCAGGCGGACCAAAUUCUGGCUGUGGCGGAUACGCUCCUCGCCGGGGACAUGCGGAUCGGAAACAACCAACAGGAUCUUUACGCGAUCCUCCGCCUAACGCCGCAGCAGGGCCGCGACGCUGAGCUCGUCGCCAGCCAGUACCGGAGCCUCGCUCUCCUCCUCAACCCGCAGAAGAACAAAUUCCCCUUCGCCGAGCAAGCGUUCCGCCUCGUCCUCGAAUCCUGGUCGGUCCUUUCCAAUCCCUCUCGGAAAACGAUGUACGAUCGCGAACUCGCUUUCUAUACCCAGCCGCCGCAGCAGCAGGCACAACAAAUCGAUCAAUUCGGAAACCCUAGUUCUACAAUGCACCAGAAUUUCAAUUUCUUCGGGGGAGCCACAUCCAGCGCCGCGGCUCAUCAACCUCAACCCGCCGCUUAUCCUCCAGUAAGUUCCCAGGCCGAUCCAAUGGUCGGCGGAUCUGCCCAAGAUCCUCAAAACUUCAUGAAUUUUACUUCGGGUUCUAAUAUUGUUUUCGGGCAUGGGCCGGGCUCGAAAUCUAGCCAUGACACAGUGAAUAAGCACCCGCACGAGAGUUACUCUACAUUUGGUAGCAACGCAGCCGCCGGGCUGACCCCAGGCCAGACCAACAAUGAACAACAGCCUCAAGAGAAUUACAGCAGUGGUGGUAAUAAAACUAACCAUAAUGUUGGCGAUAAUGCUGAGGAAGAUGAAGAAGAUAUCGAAGCAGAGGAGGGUGAUGUGGAGGAGGUUCCGGAAGCACCGUUGAACAGUGACCGUGUUUCGCCAUUUUGGACGGCUUGCCCAUAUUGUUAUUACAUGUAUGAAUAUCCAAGAAUAUAUGAGGAUUGUGUUCUACGGUGUCAGAAUUGCAGCAGCGCAUUCCAGGCAGUGGUGAUUCCGUCGCCACCGCCAAACAAUGAUGGAGAAGAAAGAUACUUUUGUUGUUGGGGCUUUCAGCCAUUGGGCUUUUCGAUGAAGAAAUGGGAGAAGAGCAAUGCUGCUUCCUCAAUGUGGACUCCUUUCUCGCCUAUGUUCAGUUGCCCUUCAAAUGGAGCUGGUACAGGUUCCAAGAAUCCUGGGUCCCAAAAGAGCUCAGCACCUAGGGUUUAUGUUGAUGAUGACGAUGAUGAGGUUUUUGUUGAUCUCUCAGACUCGAGUGACUCCGAUGAUGACAAUUGGGAUCAUAGAAAAGAGAAGAAGAAAUCAAAGGCACCAAGAGGGAAGAGUGCGAAGAAAUCACAAGUUGAGAAAGGGAAGAGCGUGACAUCUUCCCCAGGGGAGGAUACUACCGGCGACAAACAAGAAGGAGGAGAGUCGAGCAAAAAAGGGUUGGGCAGUAAUGCUAGGAAGCAACCAGGCCGGGCUGCAAAGAAUUUUGGGAAAUUGGAUCUAAACGUGGAGUGCAGCAAUGAGGGGGAGGAGGUGGCAGCAGCGGCUGCACCAAGGGGGCCACAAGGGAGCGGGGCAACCCGUGGAGAGGAUGACAACAUCGAGGGGAACGGUUUUUUUGAGGGGCUCGACGAGUUUCUAAGCAGUCUUCCAAUUCUUAAUGUUGUUGAUGACAAGGUUGUGAAAGCAGCAUGAUGAUUAGGUAAGGCCUUUUGUGUUGUAGUGGAGUUGAGACUUUAUAUCUCUCUGUUGUAGUUCCAUCUAGUUACUGGUAUGAAUUGGAGCUAAUAAUUAUGUGCAUAUAAAUAACAAGCCUUCGAUCUGGUUAUAUGGUGAUUGGAUUUGGUUUCUC